ACUACACGUUCAUUCACGUUCUACAGAUCAUGGGCGAACAAAAAAUGCGAGAAGUACGGCUGCCUCCACUGUUUGAAAGAAAGAAGAAAACGAGGAGAGCAAGCAACGGGCGAAUUUAUCGAGGUAAUUGGGAACGAAUUUUUAAGCGACCCGUGUAGAAUGGACCACGAAUGCACUUUUGCGAAGUAUGCCGUAGAAAUUGGAAACAGACAUGUAUACAAGGAGCUGCAAAGCAUUCGAAGAGAUCCUGCCUGCGCGGAGAAGAAGCCUGUGAAAGUUUAUCUUCGAUAUGGUGGCGGCACCCAGAAAUGGAAGAUUCAAUUCAGAGCCGCGGUUCGCCGCUCGGGAUAUCACUCUAGACGGAUACCCAUCUCAAGAAGCUUGGCCGUAUGGAAAAACAGAGCUGUCACUAUGGAUCAUGUGCCUUUGGAGUUCAGCACUCUGCGCGAUGGAUCCACGUUUCUCCACUACCAAGCGCCUGGGUUCCACAUCUAUUACUCUUUGGCGACCAUC